AAUAUUUGUUGUAAAUUUUUUUAUAAUUUUAAAAUCCUCCCUUUUUCCUUCUCCCCCCUUUUUUUCUUUCUCUUUCUCUUUCCUCAUUCUUUUUUUUCUUUACUUGACAAUGGAUAAAACAUUAAUUGAAUACGAUAAAAAUUUACAAGACUUAGAACGUCAACGUGAACAGCUUGAACUGGUCAUGCAAAAAAUGGGACAAGAGUGGGAAGAGAGUGGUGCAGGCAUAGGCUGGCUAGGAUCUUUAGAUCUUCCUACUGUCGAUUCAGUAUCUUCUGAUACAACCAAUACACCUAGUACAACAGUGACAGAAACAUCUCUUAGUGAACUCACUAAUGAGACUGUGCUUGAUGCAACUAUCUCACCAUCGAUACCAGAUACCACUAGUAGCAAGGAUGAUAUCAGCCAUUGCAACUCACCCAAAUCUGACUUAUUAACCCUGUCUCAUCAGCCAUUAUUCACCAAUAUUCUCUCACAAACAACAGGUCCUUCGCCUGAAUAUUUGCAAUCUUUAUUGAACGUGAAUGAAGCUCUGCUGGCUCAGAGUCUAGCUAACAAUACGACUCAUCAAAGCCCUUCUACGCCCAUGUUAACACCUGCUGAAGAAACGAAUAUGUUUGACAAUAAAAUAAACACAUUAGUGAUCACACCUGACAAUCAAACACCCGACGACGCCGAUAGCCCAAGUAGCGAUUUUCAACAAAAUACCCCUCGAGAUUAUAUGGGUAAUGUCAAUCCUGAGACGGAAAUGAUUGUCUCGCCACUUGCAUCAACAAGAAAACAACUGAAUUCUUCGUCCAAUAAUGCCUCAAUUCGAUACUGAGCUUUUAAAGAAAAAUGAUACCCCCCAUUUAUCCUUAAAAAAAGAAAAAGAAAAUUAAAGACUCUGUAAUAUUCCCUUCUAGUAAUAAAAAAACCAUUUGAUUAACAUGCCUG